CGCCCCAGAGACGGGAACUGUCGUUGCGCGGUUGCCAGCGGCUGCGGCGCUUCCUGCCUGGCAUCUCGGAGCGCAGCAGAGCCCAGGGCGCAGCCGACAUGGAGCCCGAGCCCCAGCCCCAGCCCCAGCCCGAGCCGGAGCCCGAGCCCGUCACGCUUUUGGUAAAGAGCCCCAACCAGCGCCACCGCGACUUGGAGCUGAGCGGCGACCGCAGCUGGAGCGUUGGCCAUUUCAAGGCUCACCUGAGCCGCGUCUACCCCGAGCGCCCGCGUCCAGAGGACCAGAGGUUAAUUUAUUCUGGAAAGCUGUUGUUGGAUCACCAGUGUCUCAGGGACGUGCUUCCAAAGCAGGAAAAACGGCAUGUUUUGCAUCUGGUGUGUAGUGUGAAGAGUCCUUCCAGAAUGCCUGAAACCAGUUCUCAGGUUGCCGAAUCCGCUGAACAGCCCACUGGUCUAAAUCAGAGACAGUAUCCUGGGGAUUCCUUGAGUGAUGGUUUAAGGCAAAGAGAGGUUCUUCCCAACCUUUCUCCUUCUGGAUGGGAGACUGUCUCUAGGCCUGAAGCUGCCCAGCAGACGUUCCAAGGCCUGGGGCCUGGUUUCUCGGGCUACACAACCUAUGGGUGGCUGCAGCUCUCCUGGUUUCAGCAGAUGUAUGCACGGCAGUACUACAUGCAAUAUUUAGCAGCCACUGCUGCAUCAGGGGCUUUUGUCCCAUCACCAAGUGCACAAGAGAUACCUGUGGUCUCUGCACCUGCUCCAGCCCCUAUUCACAACCAGUUUCCAGCUGAAAACCAGCCAGCCAAUCAGAACGCUCCUCCUCAGGUGGUUGUUAAUCCUGGAGCCAAUCAAAAUUUGCGGAUGAAUGCACAAGGAGGCCCUAUAGUGGAAGAAGACGAUGAGAUAAAUCGAGAUUGGUUGGAUUGGACCUAUUCAGCAGCUACGUUUUCUGUUUUCCUCAGUAUCCUGUAUUUCUACUCCUCCUUGAGCAGAUUCCUCAUGGUCAUGGGGGCCACAGUUGUUAUGUACCUGCAUCAUGUUGGGUGGUUUCCAUUUAGACGGAGGCCGGUUCAGAACUUCCUGAAUGAGGGUCCUCCUCAAGAAGCUGCAAAUCAAGACCCCAACAACUUACAAGAAGAUGCUGGUCCUGAACCUGAAGACCCCGACCACCUCCCUCCAGACAGGGUUGUAUUAGAUGGUGAGCAGUCCAGCCCUUCGUUUAUGAGCACAGCAUGGCUUGUCUUCAAGACUUUCUUUGCCUCACUUCUUCCAGAAGGUCCCCCAGCCAUAGCAAACUGAUAGUGUUUGUUCUAUGGCUGCUAAAGGCUUUGACAGGCGUGGACCAGAUCCUCUUACUCCAGUUAGGUUUCCUCACCUGGACACAGCAAUGACACAGAAUUAUUAAAAGAACCAACGAAGGUGAUGAUAUGCUUUUGUGAUAAAGCAGAAAGUAGGACGUGAAGCCAUGAUAGAAAUUGAACAAAAAAUGCCCAAGGCUUCUUAUGUCUUUAUUCUGAAGAGCUUUAAUAUAUACUGUAUGUAGUUUAAUAAGCAUUGUAAGUAGAAGGCCUUGUGUCGCAUGUUUAUGCCUGAGGAACUUUUCCAGAUGUGUGUGUCUGCAUGUGUGUUUGUACAUAGAUGUCAUAGAUGCAGAAAUGGUUCUGCUUGUACGAUUUGAUUCCUGUUGGAAUGUUUAAAUUACACUAAGUGUACUACUUUAUAUAAUCAAUGAAAUUGCUAGACAUGUUUAGCAGGACUUUUCUAGGGAAGACUUAUGUAUACUUGCUUUUUAAAAUGCAGUGCUUUACUUUAAACCAAGGGGAACUUUGCAGAGGUGAAAAACGUUUGCUGGGUUUUCUGUUCAAUAAAGUUUUGCUAUGACUGACCCUG